UUUUAUCUAAUGGGAAAGCAUGAACGUGGUACGCCUAAGGAUAUUGCGAACCGCAUCAAAUCCAAAGGAUUGCAGAAGUUACGUUGGUACUGCCAAAUGUGUCAGAAACAAUGCCGAGAUCAGAACGGUUUCAAAUGCCAUCUAACUUCUGAAUCGCAUCAACGUCAACUGCUCCUUGUUGCUGAGAAUACCAACUCUUUCCUCAGACAGUUCAGCAAAGAAUUUGAAGCGAAUUUUAUGCAAAUACUGCGCACUUGUCAUGGAACCAAACGAAUACGAGCUAAUGAGGGUCAUGUUCACAUGAAUGCCACCGUAUGGCAUACGCUCACUGGCUUUGUUCUAUAUCUAGGGAGCAGUGGCAAGUGCAAAGUCGAUAAGAAUGAGAAAGGUUGGUAUAUCCAGUAUAUCGAUCAAGAGGAAGUCAUUCGCAAGGAACAGGAAGCGAAGCGAGCAAAAGCUGAGAAAGAUGACGAGGAACGACAACAAGAAAUGAUCCAAAAUCAAGUUCGCAGGGCUCUGGAACUGCAUGGUGACGCUCCAGAACCGCAAGCUACUGAGUUGAUUCGUACGGAUGAAAACGAGAAAAUCACCUUGAACCUCAAUGUGGAUAAAAAGCCAACGGCAGAGGAUUUGAAACGCCCAGUUCUCGUUCCUGGAGUUUCGGUAUUUGACCAAGUGAAAACGAAGAAAGAAGAGCCUCAAAGUGACGAAGAACGACCGGAUUCGAGUCACAGCGACAGAAGCAGAGAGCGAGAUACGGAUAGGCACCGCAAGCGUGGCCACGACGAAAGUGAGCGCCACAGAGAGACGAAGAAAGAAAGAAGAAGCCGUAGUCGGAGCAGAGACAGGCAUAGGGAUAGUGACAGACGAGAUAGUGCUAGACCAUCUACUUCUAAGAAGGAUGAAAAGCCAAAGAAAUCUGCUUUGGACGAAAUACGAGAGGAACAGGAGAGAUUCAAGGAGAGGAAAAAUAGAAAGGAUUACUGGAUUUGUGAAGGGAUAGUCGUCAAAAUCAUCACCAAAAAAUUAGGAGAUAAAUAUUAUAAAGCCAAAGGCGUUGUGAAAUCGUUGAUCGAUGAAUAUACGGCCACUGUGAAGCUGGAUGAUGGCACGUUGGUGAAACUGGAUCAAGCUCAUGUUGAAACGGUCAUCCCUAACGUAGGACGCGAGAUGAAAAUUGUUAAUGGCGCUUAUAGAGGAUGUAACGCUAAGUUGGAAAGCUUGGAUCAAGACAAUUUCUGUUUGAACUUACGCAUUUCGGACGGUCCCAUGCAUGGACGGAGUGUGCGAGUCCCAUACGAAGAUGCAAGCAAAUUAGCGUAGAGGUUAUGUGUAGAAUCCAGUCUUGGUGUAUAAAAAGAUAUGUUUAUCUUGUCGUGUUUUUCUUUCCAAUUUUGUGGUUGAUCAUGGUGUAUAAAAGAAUUUAU